UAUAUAUAUAUUUUUUUUUUUUUUUAAACCGUAUGGGAUUUAGUGAUAUUUGUAAAUUGUCUUUCUAAAUGUUUUGUUAGCAUGUUGCUAAUGUACUGUUAAAUGUGGUUAAAGUUACCAUUGUUUCUUACUGUAUUCACGGAGACCAGAGCCGUUAUUUUCAUUUUUAAACGCUUGCAGUCUGUAUAAUUCAUAAACACAACUUCAUUCUUUAUAAAUCUCUCCAAGUGUGUAGCUUUAGCCACGUAGCAUACUAUGAAACUCAUUCAGAAUCAAAUUUUAACAAACAUCCACAAAAUACAUGCCAUACUUAUGUGAUCUGAUGUGCUGCAUCACGGACAGUUUGUAAAGAUCCAUUUUAACAGUUAUAUUGUGAACUUCUGUAGUAUUUAUGCAAUGUUUAAUGGAAUUGCAAGUUUGGGGGCGGGGAGCACGAGCAUUUAAAGGUGUACACACACAGAUCAGAGGACCCAAAAUAGGCAGUUAAAACAUGGUAUAAUAAAAAAUCUAUGGGGUAUUUUGAGCUGAAACUUCAGACACAUUCUGGGGACACCUUAGACUUAUAUUACAUCUUGUGUAAUUGACAUUCUAGGGCACCUUUAAACAUCCAGCCAGCAGAAUAAAGUAACAUUAUGUCGUUAAACUAACGCAUUUUUAAUUUAGGGUAAAAAUUAAUUAAUUUUCUUCUAAAAAAAAAAAAACCCCCUGCAGUUUCAGAUUAUACUCCUUUUACAGAUGCUUUUUUUAUUUUUUUCACUUUCUUCAUGAUGUUUUCCCAUUUAAUCAGAACCGGUUUAUCUGGAUGAGUACAGUUUCCAAUUUCUUUGUCAAACACAAGGAAGAAGGCAAUACAGGUUUGAACAUACUGCCUUCAUGCGCCAGAUCACUUUCACUUUGACGAUCCAGAGAGAUGAUAAUAACUUCAGCUGAACAUGGACCGGCUUAUGUUCGUUUUUGUCACUGUAAUUCCAGUUAUAUCAGACGGGUUGACUGUGCGCAGUCCCUCUGGUCCUGUGGUUGCUCCUCUGGGAUCUUCAGUGAUUCUGCCCUGUUAUGUUGAUGGACCUUUAUUAAUGGAGGAUCUGGAGGUGGAAUGGAGAAGAAGAGACUCAGAGACUUUAGUUCAUCUGUUUCAAGAUGGUGAGAGUCGACCAGAGGCCCAGCAGCAGGAUUAUCAAGAUAGAGCUCAUUUCUUUACUGAGCACAUUAAAGAUGGAAACUUCUCCCUCCGUCUGGACAAUCUGAGAGCUGAAGAUGAAGGAGAAUACACAUGUACAGUUCACCAUCAGCAGGAGUCUGGAGAGACUGUGGUUGAAAUAAAAGUUGAUAAUGUUGAGCGUUUGCUGGUCUCAGGAUCAGAUCGGUCCAUAUCUGCGUCUGUGGGUGAAGACGUCACUCUGAACUGCUCUGUAGACUCUCACAUCACUCCUGAAGACUUUGAACAGGUUUCAUGGAAGAAAACUGAUGAAGAUGAAGAAAUUCUGGUUCUGCUCUACCAAGACAAUGAGGCUUUACCAGAGGCAUCACAUGAGCGAUACAGAGACAGAGUUGAGUUCUUCACUGCUGAAAUCCCCAAAGGAAACUUCUCUGUCCGACUGAAGAGUGUCAGAACUGAGGAUAAAGGAGUUUAUAUGUGUCAAGUGUUUGCUGGAGGAGCUUCAGCCAAUGCAACUGUAGCGCUGGAGAGACUGGGUUUCUCUGCUCUACACAUAAUAAUGAUGAUUCUCUGUGUUUCUGCGUCUGGAUCUGCUCUUCUGCUCUGCUGUCUGAUCUACUGCAGAUCAUCUACUAAAGGCUUGAUUGUGCAAAAUACUUUAAGCGGUAAUUUUCUGGGAGGUUCAGUGGUUUUGCCCUGUCAUGUUCCUCCAAACUUACUAACUGAUGAUCUGAAGGUGGAAUGGAGAAGAACAGACUCAGGGACUUUAGUUCAUCUGUAUGAAGAUGGUGAGAGUCGAGCAGAGAAACAGCAGCAGGAUUAUCAAGACAGAGCUCAUUUCUUUACUGAUCACAUUAAACAUGGAAACUUCUCUCUCCGUCUGGACAAUCUGAGAGCUGAAGAUAAAGGAGAAUACACAUGUACAGUUUACAGCAAGAGGGAUUGUGUGUUUUCAGCCAAGACAAAUUUGGAUCUGAAGUUCGAUAUGUCUGGUAAACUCAUUCCUCUGGGAGGUUCAGUGAUUUUGCCCUGUCAGGUUGACAAAAGCUUGUUACAGGAGAGUCUGAAGGUGGAAUGGAGAAGAACAGACUCAGACACUUUAGUUCAUCUGUAUGAAGAUGGUGAGAGUCGAGCAGAGGAACAGCACAAGGAUUAUCACAAAAGAGCUCAGUUCUCAAAUAAGAAGAUUGAAGAUGGAAACUUCUCCCUCUGUCUGAAAAAACUGAGAGCUGAAGAUGAAGGGGUUUACAGAUGUAAAGUUUACAAGGACCAGGAUUGUGUGUUUUCAACUGAUGCAGAGUUGAAACUGGGAUUGACUGUGGAACCUUCCCAUCACACAACUGUUCCUCUGGGAUCUUCAGUGGUUCUGCCCUGUUAUGAUGACAGACUCUCUACAAUGAACGGUCUGAAGGUGGAAUGGAGAAAAAAGGACUUAAAGGAUCUGGUUCAUCUGUAUGAAGAUGGUGAGAGUCGAGCAGAGAAACAGCACAAGGAUUAUCAUGACAGAGCUCAUUUCUUUACUGAUCAGAUUCAACACAGAAACUUCUCUCUCCGUCUGGACAAUCUGAGAGCUGAAGAUGAGGGAGAAUACACAUGUACAGUUCACAGUGGAUUAUCUUGGAAUCGCAGGGAAUUUUCAACCAAGAUAAAGUUGGUACUAAAACUACUGGACACAGUGUUUCGUCUUCAGAUGUUUCUCGUCUUCUGUCCAAAUAUUCUGAUGUUUCUGUCUUUUGUCCUCUGGGGUGUUUCUGAAGGAUCUCUGUUUGAGUCGGUCUCUUGUUGUGCUCUUUAUUUUCUGAGGCCUCUCAUGUUGCUCUGGGCGGCUCCAUAUAUUAAUAACUUCACAGGCAAUAUUAAAACAUGGAUUGAAAAUUACAGUUUUAGAACAGAAUAUAUUGUUUUCUCAGCUGUUUUUUAUUCAGUUCUGUUUAAAUCUGCCUGGGACAAAAGUCUGAAUUACGCCGGAUUUGAAGGUGUCAUGAUUAUAGUCAUGUUUGUGAUGGUGCUUCUGUUCAACCUCUUCUAUAUUAUUUUCUUGUUGAUGAGAUUAAUCGGGAAGUUAAGUCAACGGAUCAUUACUAUAUUCAGGGUUCUGGCUGGAAUAAGCUUUGAUGUUCUGCCUUCACUACAAUUCAUCCUCCUGUUUUAUGCCUUUGGAGCUGCUACAGGAGGAUUCAUCAUUAUUGCAGUUUUACCAGUGUUUCUCACAGUGACAAGAUACAAUUGGGAUUUUACAUGUGGAGAACAAAUGGGCUGUUCACCUUCGGUCAGGAGAUCAGUGUAUUUAACUGUCAUGUUAUUGGUCAAUGCUGUACUGGUCUAUUUCUACAUCAUCACUCUGGAAAAUGAAAAGGAUCGUGUGGGAUGGGCCUGUAUGAUUGCGUUUCUUCAGUUACUCUGGGCAGUGAUGAACUUCACAUGGUCAUUUGAAUAUGAUCUUCUCCGUCUUGUUCCUGUGUAUGUGUUUGGAUCAGUUGGUGUUGUUUUACUGAACUCUGUUGCUCUGAUGACUGAACUGAUACUGAAAACAGUUAAUGGUGAAGGUGCAGUUGGAGAUCUGAGGAUCAUCGUCUUUUCCUCUGAAUUCAUCUUCACUUUAUUUCUGUUGGUUUUAAUGAUAUUUGAACCCUGGAUCAAACCAUGUCUGGAGUCAUGUCAGAAGGCAAUAAAGUCUCGUCGAACUGCAGCCGCUGGAUCACAGAAUCAGGAAUCUCAGAAUGCAGCAGGAUCUGAUGAAACUCCAGCCGCUGGAUCAAACCAGAACCAGAACACAGCAGAAUCACAUGAGAUGAAUCCUCUACUGAAUCAACAAAACCAAGAGACUCAGCCGGAUUCAGUGGUUUCACAAACAUGAUCAACAAUCAGAGAAAUACACUCCUGAGACAGUGAUUUAAGAGUUCAGUCUCGUUCUUCAUUUGUUAUUGAGGCCGUUUUUUCGAAUGCACGUUUAGUUGUUUCUUGGUUUUGUAAAUAUCUGUAAAUAUAUGCAGGAUGUUUAACUGUCAUCACACUUGUUCUUUGUAUUCAUGUAACAGUGAUUUGCUUUUAUAACUAAUUCUAGCUGUAAACCAACUUCAACAGUACAAAUUGAAACUGAGACUCUUCAAGAUCAACAGAGAGAAAAAUCAGUGUUAUAAUUUUUAUUGUAAGAAUCGAUUGAGGUUUGAGUCUCAGUUCAGGAUCAUGAUGUCAGUAAAUGUUCAGUUCUGGGUCUCUUACACCCUUCAGAAACACUGAGACUGAAUAUUCAAACCUUCAUAUGGAAGAUCAGAUCCUUCAUGUAAUAUCAAAACUCCUAUGAGUUUUUGUUACCUUCCUUCCUCUUCCUCUUGUACUUCCUCUGUAAAUCUUUCCUCAUAAAGUUUCCAGCCCAGAAUGAGCCCAAACACAGAGUCUUACAAGCUCAUGAUCAGCCAUUCUCCUCCAUAAUACUGAGUCUGGAAAGCAGAUCAAGAAAUAAAUACAUUUAUAACUCUAAAUUGUACUGUAAUUUCUAAAUGGUGAUCAAAACAUUUAAUUCUUUAUG